AUGGCUCCUGAUCUGACUUUCAGAUCGAAGGGAGGCCCGACUGAAGAUGUGCAAACCGGCGACAAUGAAGACGAGGACGAGGAAGUCGACGAGAGCGGCUAUAAGACGGUCAAAGACGCCGUGCUCUUCGCCAUCGAAGUGAACGAAUCAAUGUUGAAAGUGCCGCCGGUGUCUUCUUCGAAGAAGGGCGACCGGAGCUCUCCCCUCCUGGCUGCUCUGAAAUGUGCGUAUCAUCUGAUGCAGCAACGCAUCAUUUCGACACCUCGAGAUAAAAUGGGGGUUCUGCUCUAUGGCACGGAGGCUUCCAAGUUUUACGACGAAGACGAGAACUCCCGGGGUGGCUGGUCUUUUCCACACUGCUAUCUACUCAUAGACCUGGAUGUCCCGGAAGCCGAAGACGUGAAAGCGCUGAAGGAGCUGACAGAGGCCGACUCCCCAGAAUCUGCCGACAUUUUCAAGCCAUCGAGAGAACCGGUACUGAUGCACAAUGUUCUGUUCUGCGCCAAUCAGAUCUUCCAGCACAAGGCGGCCAACUUCACCUCAAGGCGGCUCUUCAUCGUCACAGAUAACGACGACCCAGCCUCUUCUAACAAGGGCUCUCGCUCGCAGGCAACUGUGAGAGCCAAGGAUCUGUACGACUUGGGUGUCACCAUCGAAUUAUUCCCCAUCUCGACGCCAGAAUACCCCUUUGACACGUCGCUAUUUUUCGACGACAUCAUCUACAAGUCAUCACCUUCCGACCCAGAGGCUAUUGCAUAUAAUCCAGCUUCCAUGGUUGAUGGCACUGGUUCAAAACUCGUGACCGGCUCCAACGACGGCAUUUCUCUGCUGCAGUCGCUGCUGUCCAAUAUAGCAUCCAAGGUCACACCCAAACGGGCCCUGUUCUCUUCGGUGCCCCUCGAGCUGGCUCCGGGGUUUCGAAUUUCCGUCAAAGGCUAUCUGCUGUACAAGCACCAAAAGCCCGCCCGUAGCUGUUAUAUCUAUCUGGGUGGAGAACGGCCUCAGAUUGUGACUGGAUACACUGAGCAAGUCGCGUUCGAAAAUUCCAAACCUGUUCAAAAGACCGAGAUUCGCAAGGCCUACACAUUCGGGGGACAGCAAAUCACCUUUUCCGACGAAGAAGUCAAACAACUUCGCAAUUUCGGGGAUCCAAUAAUCAGAACCAUCGGUUUUAAGCCCAUGUCGAGAUUGCCGCUCUGGGCGAAUAUCAAGAACUCGACUUUCAUCUAUCCAUCUGAAGAAGAUUAUGUUGGUAGUACGCGUGUGUAUGGCGCGUUGCACCACAAGCUCGUGAAAGACAAGCUGUUCGCCCUCACAUGGUUUGUCCCGAGACGAAACGCCACCCCUGUCAUGGCUGCCAUGAUCCCUACUCUUCCCGCCGAAGCGACCGACGACAAGGCAAAUGUGGCCGGCGUGUCUGCCACUGGCGCUCCUCAAGGAUUGCACUUGAUCCCUCUGCCAUUCGCAGAUGAUAUCAGGCAGAACCCACCUACAACACAUCAGCACCCUUUACGCCCGCCAGACGACCUUGUCGAUGCUAUGAGGCCUAUCAUCCAGCAGCUGAAUCUACCGAAGGGCAUCUAUGACCCGUCAAAGUAUCCUAAUCCUAGCCUGCAAUGGCACUAUCGUAUUCUCCAAGCCUUAGCCCUCGAUGAAGAUAUCCCCGAAAAGCCAGACGACAAGACGGUCCCGAAGUACAGACAAAUUGACAAGAGGGUUGGGCAUGAGACCAUAGAGUGGGGAAGAAGAUUGGAGGACGCGUACAAGCAGUACCAAGCCGAGAAUCCUGAUGCGGUCCGCACGGGCUCAAAGCGCGCUACAAAUGACCCUGCAGCUACUUCGAGUGCCGGCACCAAAAAGGUCAAAUCAGAGGUGGGCGAUCCGACCAGCGAGGAAAAGAUCCGAGAGCUGUGGCAGCAGGGCCGGAUCGGGCAAUUGAAUGUUGCGCAGUUGAAGACCUUUUGUGCAUCGAAGAAGAUCUCGACAGCGGGCAAGAAAGCAGACAUUGUUGACCGGAUUGAAGAGUGGCUUGAGAGCAAGUAG